GGCUUUGCCAAGUGACCAUUCUACCCUUUGACCCCUUUGACAUAUUGUUUGCGUUGAAGGUUGCAUUCAAUUUUCUCAAUUUCUUGAAAACCCAACAUUCAAAGACCAAGAAUAUCAACACCCAACUUCUCAAUUUCAGUAAAGUUUCAGUCUUUAUCAAUCUUGACCCAAAAUACGUUGAAUUUUCACAAUAUCUUGAAAACCCAACAUUAAAACAUCAAGACAAUCAACAUCCACUAUCUGAAUUGCUAUAAAGUUUCAAUCUUUAACACACCCACCAUCAAAUCUUGACCCAAAAUGGUGGUAAAGAUGAUGAAAUGGAGACCUUGGCCACCAAUAUUAUCAAGAAAGUUUGAGGUGAAAGUGGUGGUGAAGAAGAUGGAAUUUGGGGGGUUGUGAUCCUGUACAUGCGGACACAGAGAAAGAUUAUCAUAGGGUUGUGGAGAUCAAGUGGAAAGGACCCAAGAUCACUCUUGGUUCAUUGAGGAGAACAGUGAAGAGAGAGGUUACAAAAGAUGGGAGUAUUGUUGAUCCAAACGGUGUCGUUUUUGUGGGAUCAAGAAUUUUGUUCAGUUUGUACCCUUUCUGGUAUAAAGAAAAUGAGUUUCUUCCUUGGGAGAUUGGGUUCAAAGUCUUAAAUUUCUUUCAUACGUUUUGAUUCGAUGGUAUUUAAUUCAAGUUAGUUUCUGUUUAAACCUGCCGCAAUGAGGGAGGGAUUGAUUGCUAUUGCAAACAAUGAAGAUGUGGAAGAUGUGUUAGAAGAAGAGCCUGUAGACUGCAUUGAAAAUGAAACGGAUGAUGAGUUAGAAGAUGGAAUUGGAGAUGAAACUCAAAUGGAUGGAGAUGGAAUUUCAUAUGGUAAUGUUCAAGUACCUUCAACAUAUACCAAUUUAGAGGAAACUAAUAUAACAAUGAUGACAAUCGGAUGACACCACAUUCUAAUAGUAGAAAUGAUUUUAUGUGUGAGUUGGGAAUUGAUUCUUUCAAUGACAAGCAGGGCCAGCCCAAGCCCAAGUCAAAUGAGGCUUGGGCCUUGGGCCACCAAAACUAUAGGACCUCCACGAUUUGAUGAAACCACAGUCUAUUUAUAAAAGCUUUAGGGUGUGGGUUAUCAACAGAUUGAUGGUUGGUAGUGUAGUGGUUUUGUGCAUGUAUGGAUGUUGGUGAGACCCGGGUUCAAAUCCUUGGUUCACCAUUUUCUUCCAUUUUUUUCUUGUUUUUAAAUUUUAACACAAUCUUUGAAAUAAUUACACUUGGGCCCUUCAAGUAUAACUUUCAAUUAUAUACAUUUUUUGGGAAAAAGGCCACAAGCUUUUACUUCGCCUUAGGCCACCAAAAUGGUUGAGCCGGCCCUGAUGAUAAGGAAGAAUUUGUUAGAGCUGUCAAGCUCUACAAUAUCAAAACACACAAACAUUUUGAGGUUGUUGAAUCACGCCUAGACAUUUGAUCUAUCAAAUCAUAUGUAAGUUACAUAAACGAGGCUGUAAAUGGAAACUUCGUGCAUGUAAACGUAAACGUAGGGGAUGUUUUGAUAUCACAAAGUAUACUGGUCCACAUACUUGUUUGCAUUCUAAGAUUACCCAAGACCAUCCAAACCUAGAUGCAAGCUUCAUCGCCCAAGAAAUACAACACCUUAUAAAAGAGCAACCUUCUAUUAGCGUUAGUGCUUUGAGAGCCGAAGUAAUUGAUAAGUUGGGCUAUACUCCUUCAUACAAGAAGGUUUGGUUAGGAAAACAAAAGGCAAUUGAACGUGUCUUUGGGGAUUGGGAUGAAUCUUAUAUUAUCUUACCUAAGUUUAUGGAGGCACUUAAAAAGUUCAAUCUAGGGGCCAUAGUUGAAUGGUGUGUUUUGAGACGGACUGGUGUAGAGCAAGUUGAAUUUAGACGUGUGUUUUGGGCAUUUAAUCCUUCUAUCCUUGGAUUUAAGCAUUGUCGGCCAAUGAUUAGCAUUGAUGCCACACAUUUGUAUGUCAAGUAUAAAGGUAAGUUGAUGAUUGCAAUAGGAGUGGAUGGUAAUAGUCAGAUAUUGCCACUUGCAUUUGCUAUUGUUGAAAAUGAAUCUUACGCUAGUUUGAGUUGGUUUCUUUCUCAUGUUAAGAAACAUGUGGUGAAAGAUACCAAAGGGAUAUGUCUAAUCUCUGAUCGUCAUGCUGAAAUUCUAAAGGCAGCUAAUGAACAAGGAUCUCCUUGGUUAGAGCCACAUGGUUUUCACAGCUAUUGUUUAUAUUGCUUAAGGCAUUUUAUCAACAACUUUAAUGAUAAGUUUCGCAACUCUCAAUUGAAAGCUUUAGCUUAUCGUGCUGGGAGUCAGAAUCGAAUUAGAAAGUUUAACUCUAUUAUGGAGGAAAUUGGAAAAAUAAACCGAAAAGCUCGCCAGUGGCUUGAGCAACACGCAUUUGACAAAUGGACGCUUGCACAUGAUAGUGGAAAGCGUUAUGGGCUACUCACAACAAAUUUGUUAGAGAUUUUUAAUAGUGUACUUAAAGGUGGUCGUUGCUUACCGAUCACAUCAUGUGUUCAACUUACAUUUUAUAGACUAGUACACUAUUUUGAUGUGAGACGUCCCAUGGGAUCUAAUGCUCAAGCUAAUGGAGAUAUGUAUACUCCCCAUAUUUUGGCCAAAUUGAUUUGGAUAAAAAAAAAAACUUGCACGUGCGGUAAGUGGUUGAUAUAUAAGUAUCCUUGUUCUCAUGUUUUGAGUGCAAGUGCCAAACUUUCUUUGAACAAUUGGCAAUAUAUUGAUAAAUGUUACUCAAUUCUUGAUUAUUGUGCUACUUGGUCAUCUGAGUUUAGGCCACUUCCUCAUGAAGCAUAUUGGCUUAACUCAUCAUCUAUUAGAGAGUUACUUCCCAAUUCAGAGCUAAAACAGGAUAAAAAGGGCCGCCCUCGCUCAACAAGACUACGUAAUGGAAUGGACAUUAAAGAAAGGAAAAAGGUUAACCUUUGUGGAAUUUGUAAACAACGUGGUUAUAACCGAGCAACGUGCCCCUCAAAGCCUAGAAGAAUGGACGCCUAAACAUGCCGAGUCAUUUUGACAUUUUAAUUUGUAUUUGAUAUUGAUAUUAUGAACAAAAUGACUUUAUUUGGUAUUUUAUUUGUAUUUGAUUGGUUGAAAAGACAAUUAUUUUAGUUUUGUGGUUGAGAUUAUUGGAUAGUUAUUGUUUUAUAA